AUGGUGCCAACACCGGCACAUAUCCGCUCAGUCUCAGACUGCGACCGACUCAGACAAGCUGCCCGAAUCAUCAAUGAGCGCCUCAACUGGUGUCUCUCGGAACAUGCCAACACCCGCUGCGCAACAGCCUCCAACGCUGCUGUCCCCAAACGGCUCAUCUAUUUGGACCCGUCAACACGCAAAGCCCGUCUCGUCCCCACGCCGUCUCCCCUUCCCCGAUAUGCCAUACUUUCGUACGUCUGGGGUGCCGAAGGGGACAAUUUCCGCACGGUUCGCAAAAAUGUCAAGCAGAUGCAUGCCGAGAUCCCUUCGUCCGACCUCCCCCUCACCCUCCAGCACGUCUUCCAACUCGUUCAUUAUCUGUCGCUCUCUUAUCUCUGGGUGGACGCACUCUGCAUUGUGCAGGACAACGACGACGACAAGGCGACCGAGAUCGUCAACAUGGCUUCCACUUACAUCAACGCGUUUAUCCAGAUCGCGGCCAUGUCCUCU